AAUUUAUUUCACAGCGUAAAAUCACUGAGAGAGAAAAAAAUCUAAUACAUCUUGAAAAAAUCAAUUUCAUCCCUUGUGAAUCAAUUGAAAAGAAAAUACUGAGCUUCAAUCUAAUUAAAGAUUUAAUGGCGCGUGCUACUAGGAAUAAUUCUCAGCCUACUUCAGGCGGUGGUUCCGUCCCUUCCGCCGCUCCCGGCGGCGGCUUGCCGAUGACCGAAUGCGAGAAGAUGAUCCGACGAAGUCUCAGAGAUCCCAAGGUGAAAUUUCUCAGGGAGAAGCUGGAGAAAUCGGGGUGUGGUAUUGGAAGCAAUUUCAUUAAGGGAUACAACUGUGAAGAAGCCAUAGCCGGUGGAUACAAUAGGGCUGAAGGGGUAGUGGUGUGUUGUAAUCAUUUGCAAAUACAAGAUCAAGUUACCCAAGUGGUGAUUCAUGAGCUGAUUCAUGCAUAUGACGAUUGUCGAGCUGCAAACUUGGACUGGGCAAACUGCGCUCAUCAUGCCUGCGCCGAGAUUCGAGCUGCUCAUCUCAGUGGUGAUUGCCAUUACAAAAGAGAGCUAGUUCGUGGUUUUCUAAAGCUAAGAGGUCAUGAGCAAGAAUGUGUUCGGCGAAGAGUAAUGCAAUCCCUCGCUUCAAACCCGAACUGCUCAGAAACAGCAGCAAAGGAUGCGACGGAAGGUGUUUGGAAUAUUUGCUAUAAUGAUACAGAGCCCUUUGAUACAGUUCCUUGAAAAUGCAGGUGGAGCUCUCUCUUUAUCAAAUAAUAAUUACUUACAUUCUUGCAUAGCUUUUCGAUUUAAGCUAGAAGGAGAAGGAGAAGGUCUCCUCUACUAUCCACAUAAUUUUACUUGUAGAAUUAUUAGUUUUGGUUUUCCCUUGAAAAAUUGUAUGAUUAAGAAUAUUGGAAUUUUGAAAUUAUUCAGGUGUAUGAUUAAGACUUGCAGAAUCUUGGAAAUUUUGAAAUAAACAAACUGACUGAUAUUGAAUUGCAGUCAUUGAAUAAA